AUGGCCCAAUACCAGUGGGAAGUUGGAACAUAUUUUCCAGAUAAAGAGGCAUUUAUAGAGGCAAUAAGGACAUAUGGAGUGCAAUCUGGAAGAAGGCUUAAACUUCAAAAAAAUGAUAAACGUAGAUGUAGAGUGAUAUGUUUGGGUGGGAAAGGGAAGUGUUCUUGGUUUGCAUAUUGUGCUUAUAUGGCUGAAACACACAUAUGGCAGUUAAGGAGAAUUAAUGACAAGCACAAGUGCAGCAGAGAAUUCAAUGUGAAAAUGCUUAAUGCUAAGUGGUUAAGUGGUAGGUUGGAAAACACAUUAAGAGACAACCCAAGUUUGAGGGCCAUUGAUAUUCGCAAUAAAGUUACUAGGAAGUGGAAUAUUGCUGUGACAAAGUCCAUGGCUCGUAGAGCAAAAACACUAGCUGUUGAGCAAGUUGAUGGGUCAUUUGUAGAACAGUUUAGUAGAAUCUAUGAUUAUGCACAUGAGAUUCUUCGUUCUAAUCCUGGUUCUACAGCAAAGGUCAAAGUGGAAGGAAAUGAAGGCGAAAAAUAUUUCAGCAGGUUCUACAUGUGUUUAAAGGCUUGUAAAGAUAGUAUGAUUUCAUGUUGCCCUUUCAUUGGUUUAGAUGGAUGUUUUCUGAAACAUAAGUAUGGGGGUGAACUUCUUACUGCUGUUGGAAGGGAUGCCAAUGACCAAAUGCUACCAAUUGCCUGUGCCGUGGUUGAAGUGGAAAAUAAGGACACAUGGACAUGGUUUUUGGAGUUGUUAAUUGAUGAUCUUGGGGGACCAGAUAUCUGUGCAGCCUACACAUUCAUGUCAGACCAGCAAAAGGUAUGGAUACUAUUUUUGCACAGUUUUGUUAUGUCCAUUUACUGCUGA